UAAAUAAAGCUCAUUACUCAGUUCGGUGCUACGAUUUUAACAUAAGUUGAUUUGUAAUCGCGAGCGGCGUUACUCGUCCGCGCCUCUAAUGGAAAUAAGAUCAAGUGUGUUGAAAGAAGAAAAUUUAGUUUUUCAUUUCUUUUGAAGUUACGAGAAUUGUGCUCGCCAUGAUUAUUCUAGCAAUAAUAUUCAUAGCUGUAUGCAUCUACUGGAUAUACUGGCUUGCGCAUGCGCGGCGCAUGGAUCGCAUGACGAAAUCUCUGCCUGUGCUCCCGACACUACCACUCAUUGGAAAUGGCUCACUCUUCUUGGGCGAUACCCAGCAAAUACUUAAGAACCUUUGGACUGUCGCGAAUUUGGCUUUCAAACACAAAAACUCUGCGAAGCUCUGGCUUGGCCCUAAAUUAUACGUAGCAAUCGGAGAUCCGGGAGACGCGCAGGUUGUACUUGAGAACUGCCUUGACAAGGAUGUAGUGUAUCGGUUCCUACGGCCUUGGCUAGGUCACGGGCUCUUCGUGGCACCAGUGAACCUAUGGAAAACACAUAGAAAAGUGUUAUUACCGGUUUUCCAUAACAAAAUAGUUGAAGAAUACUUGGGAGUCAUAGCGGAACAAGCGGACGUGCUUAUAGACCGACUCGCGGAAAGAGUUGACGGGGACAAGUUCGAUGUACUUAAGUACAUUACUGCUUGUACCUUGGACAUUGUUUUUGAAACAGCCAUGGGCGAGCGUAUGGGAGUCCAGCAAUCACCUGAUACUCCUUACCUUCGCGCUCGACACACAGUUAUGACGAUUCUCAACAUGCGUCUGUUCAAAGUUUGGCUCCAACCAGACUGCCUCUUCAACCUUACACAGUACGCUAAACAACAGAAGGAUAACAUCGAUUUGACUCAUAAGUUCACCGAUGAAGUAAGUUCAGAAAUCUACAUGAAAAAAAUGCACCCUAAACUAGCUUUUACUACAUACCUACUUCUGACUUUGCAGGUCGUCCAAAAAAGGCGACUGGAGUACGAAGAGAAUAAAAAGAAGAAUAUCGUCGAGGAACAACGUGAAGGAAAACUUCGUGCAGUCCUCGAUUUGUUAUUUGGCAGAGAAAUAGAGUUUACUGAUGAACAACUGCGAGAGCACAUUGACUCCAUCACGAUCGCUGGCAAUGAUACCACGGCUCUGGUUAUCGCUUACACUCUCGUACUCCUUGGUAUACAUCAGGAUGCACAGGAGAAAGUUCUAGCAGAGCAACAAACAAUUUUCGGAACAUCAACACAAGGAGCUACUAAAGAUGACUUACAAAAGAUGCACUACUUGGAGCGAGUGAUCAAAGAGAGCAUGCGACUCUACACCGUAGUACCAAUCAUUGCCAGAAAUGUCGACAGGGAUAUCUAUUUGCCAACUUGUGGAGUCACUCUGCCGGCGGGCACAGGCGCGGUGAUCGGUGCCUUUGCAAUACACCGAUCGGCAGCGUGGGGCCCCGACCACGAUGAGUUCGACCCUGACAGGUUCCUGCCAGAACGUUCCCAGACCAGGCACCCAGCUGCCUUCCUGCCUUUUAGCUAUGGCUCCAGAAAUUGUAUAGGGCGAAACUUCGGCAUGCUUAUAAUGAAAAGUAUAAUAUCGAGCGUGGUGAGAUCAUACAAAAUAGAAGCCGACGACAUCGGUCCACUAAAAAUAGAAAUGCUUUUAUUUCCUAUAAAUGGACAUCUAAUUAAAAUCUCUAAAAGAACUCUUUAAUUUAGGUACUUAUCGCUAGUAAUAAAACAAUUUACCAAGACAAAUAUUAAGUGUUUAA